CCGCCGAUAUGUAUGAGCAGUUCGAUAGAUUCUUACCCUAUCGAAGGCUACUUCAUACUCUGUGAGGAUGAGGGAAUUGGUCUUUCUUUGCCUGGUCGGCUCUAUCUUGGCCGCACACCACCAUCACACAACUAUACCCACCACCACCCUGGACCCAAACAGCGAUGAAGCCAGGAUGCUGAGGCUGGAAGGUGGAAUUGAGAACCUGGCGAGACAGCUAAUGAUGCAACAACUGUUUGUAGAGGAACGAAUCAGAAGCGAUGGAGAUUCUGGUAUCAAACAGGUUCGAUUGAAUCAUAAAGGCACCAGGACCUUUUUCUCGGACACACACAGCAUGGGGUCCAUCAACUCUAUUCAUGACCACUCUAACUACAUCAACACAAUUGGUAUGGGAGAAGUGAUUCCCGUCCUAAACGGCAUCGAAUUCAGAACCCGCCACAACGACUACAAGCUCCGCAUGCCGCACCCGAACUCCACCACUUAUCAUGCCACCGUGGACAUUCCUUUCCCCGAGGUUCCUCCAUCAGUGAAAAGCCAACCUACCUUGGAAAAGCAGAUUGAGGAGAUGAAAAACUACUUCAAGGCGUGGAAAUUUCAGAACCCAUCUUUCCGCGAUUAUCGGCCAUUUUUCAAACCCGUUCUUUGCUAUAUGGAGGGGGCUUGGACCACAAACACGAAAACUCUAGACGAGCCAUUCUCUAGUGACCGUCACUUCAUUGAUGCUGCAAGUUGGUUUGAUUUACAGGAAAAAAUUAGGUUUACCUCGUACACAGGAGGAAAACACAAUCUGGAGAACUUUUCCUUCCUUCCGACCACAAUUAUCAAUAUGAGAAACGGAACCCCCGAGUAUGCCCAGUGGAACUAUAGAAUUCUGUGCCAUCCCAUUAAAGGAGACCUACCUCUGAAAGCAUUUGAGCCUGUUGACGAUUUAGCCUCAAGACUGGCGCACAAAUAUAACCUUACCAAAUUUUCCAUGACACGAUCUGCAAGAUUCCAUCUCGCAAGCGAAUACCGGCACGCACAUUUCUUGCCAGAAAAGGGAUAUGGUGUGUUCCAAGACAGAGUGUACACACACAGUAUUAUGGAUACCAUCAUGAAUCAAAUUCCCGGAAAAGACAACUACCCGGCUAAGAUAUUCGAUAAAUCCUUAGGCUUAGAGAUGCUUGACCCCUUUAGUUCCUCAGUAAACCCCCUAAACACCGGAUACUACCACAGAAGGUACAAGUAUGACGAUAAAGGAGCGAUGGGAACCAAAACAAACAACAGAGGGUUUGCCGACAAAAACCUGUGGGUGGCACAAACCACAAGCAACCACAUUGCGCCUAUCCACAUGAACGACUGUCACAAGGUCAACAGGACUUACACUGAGUGUAAAGAAAUCGAAGCUAGAUACACGUAUGCUAUCCCACUUGAGAUCAUCUACAUGACACCACUGAACUCCUGGAAUCCCUACAAUCUCCCAUAUUGGGACAGGAAACACGGUAGGUACACGCCAACUAAAGACCACAGAAACGGAGCCUUCAAUGCAACUAAUGCAUACAAUGGAACCAACUACGCCAACUAUUACUGGACACCUACUGCCUUCUUUAGCGGAAAAGAACUGAAUCACGAUGCCGCAGAUACCGUCAAAAACUCGGUCGGUGUCUUGGACAGUCACGGAAACGUCAGGAGAGUCAGCGCUUCCGGAAUCAGAAUUUUCCUUCCAAACAUUCCUGGAGUCGGCGUCCUUCGUCAGAGAUGGUCCGUUACACCAGUACAUCGUGAUGGUUCUAGUGUACAGAAAGAACUGGACGCCAUGAAAGAGAUGAUCAACCAUAUUGGCGCGUUCUCCAACUUGUUCCAAGAGCCCCCUGCGGUGAGCGGAUCAGCUGUACAACAAGCUCCAGACGCACACUUCAGAACAAGUCUAGCUACCAAGGAUCCCCCAGGAAGACAUUACCACGAGCUUUUCAUCGAGGACUCUGACUACAAACUGGCACUAAGUGGACAGACCGUCACCGCAGAAACCACCAUGGAGAGCUCGCACACACACAUGGUCGAGGUGGCUUACGAUUCUCACACGCAUCAGUGGGUAAUCAAGAAGUGUGACGAUAUGGCCCACUGCUGGGACGGGCACUCUGAAAUCCUGACCAAAAUCCAGUGAUAAACUGUUAACUAUGAUCAUUUCCACAAUAAAAUAUAUCUAACUUAA